AUGAAGGUCACUAUCGCGCUGAUGGCCCUUAUGGGUGCAGUCUCUGCUGCCCCAUUCGCGGAGUACAAGAAGCACAAACAUGAUCCUACCACUCCUGCUGCUCACCAGAGACGUCUUUAUCCUACUUCUUCAGAUGGUCAGCACUACACUGCCAAGUCAUCGGAGGCUGGGUGGUACCCCCCGAUCCCUCAGACAUCGUCGUCAUCGUCGUCUGAAGACAAGCACUACACACCUUACCCGACGUACUCUGAGGGUUACCCUUCUUCUACUCCCGAGCCCACUUCGGACUACAAACCCUAUCCCGGUUACACUCCGAAGCCAACUUCUGAGGACAAGCCGUCUACUACUCCCUACCAUGAAGUGUCGACCGACUACCCCCAUCCAUCUUCUAAGUCGUCAGACUACUACCCGUAUCCUCCUAAGUCCUCUGACUACUACCCAGUCCCUCCCAAGUCGUCUGACUAUUACCCGGUACCUCCUAAGUCUACUGGCUACGUUCCCGUGCCUCCUCCCAAGCCCACCACGGUCUAUCCUCCUGCGCCUCCCAAGGAGACCAGCACUCCUUGCCCUGAGAGUAGCUCGCAGUACUACCCUCACCCACCUCCCCCCAAGACUUCGGACGGCAUGCACUACCCCCCUGCUCCUAGCUCACCAGGCUACUACCCUAUUCCUCCUAAGUCGUCUGACUACCACCUGGUGCCUCCUAAGUCUACUGGCUACGUUCCCGUGCCUCCUCCCAAGCCCACCACGGUCUAUCCUCCUGCGCCUCCCAAGGAGACCAGCACUCCUUGCCCUGAGAGUAGCUCGCAGUACUACCCUCACCCACCUCCCCCCAAGACUUCGGACGGCAUGCACUACCCCCCUGCUCCUAGCUCACCAGGCUACUACCCUAUUCCUCCUAAGUCGUCUGACUACCACCUGGUGCCUCCUAAGUCUACUGGCUACGUUCCCGUGCCUCCUCCCAAGCCCACAACGACUCCUUGCCCUGAGUCAUCCACCUACUACACACCCGUUCCCCCUAAGAGCAGCGCCUACUACCCUCCCGCUCCUCCUAAGGUGACCACUACCGUCUACUACAACACCACCACACCUUGCCCAUCGGACUCCAGGACUCCUCCUCCUCCUAAGCCCACCACAGCUUACCCUGUGCCCCCCAAGCCGUCGAGCGAGUCCAAGCCUGCUCCUGCGCCUCCUGCUUCGACCCACCCUGCUCCUCCUGCGUCGACUCCUGUCGCGCCCAGCAGCAAGCCCGCGCCUCCUCCUGCGCCUCCAGCCUCAAGCUACCCUGCUUCCUCGCCGGUCCCAGCACCCAGCAGCAAGCCCGCGCCUCCUCCUGCGCCUCCAGCCUCAAGCUACCCUGCUUCCUCGCCGGUCCCAGCACCCAGCAGCAAGCCCGCGCCUCCUCCUGCGCCUCCCGCCUCAAGCUACCCUGCUUCCUCGCCGGUCCCAGCGCCCAGCAGCAAGCCCGCGCCUCCUCCUGCUCCUCCUGCGCAAACCUACCCUGCUUCAUCUCCUGUGCCCGUUCCCAGCAAGUCUAGCCCGGCUCCCUCGAGCCCUUCUGCCACCGCUUCUGCUCCCCCGGAGUUCACUGGUGCCGCGAGCUCCAAUAAGGCCUUCGGCGCUUUCCUCGCUGGAGCUGUCGCUUUUGCCGUGCUGGCAUAA